UAUAAUUCUACUGUGAACACAACCAAACAAAAAUGGAACAUAUAACACAUGAAUGGAUAAGAUUUUAGAGAGUUUAUUUAUAUACAUGUGUGUUUGAUUUUGUAAUCGAUUUUUGUGUUCCUAAAUUUAUUCAAAUAUCCAUGAAGGUAAUUUUUAUUUACAAAAACAGUAUUAUUACAUCAUUGUUAUAGUAUUUUCUGUAUGAGUAUAAUUUUUUUUAAUUGGUUAUAAUUUGCAUCAUGGUCGCAUAAAAAGAAGACGGCUGAUAUAUUUAAGCAAAGUUAUGCGGCAGUUAGCGAGACACGGAUUUUUGCCACCCAUUUUGGGUAAAAAGUCAAACAAAGGUCUCCUCUCUCCAACCCCACGUUCCAAAUAACUGCCAAUAACUGAUUGGCUUUACCUGAAAACAACAACAACAACAAAAAAUCUCUCUUUAUUUCUUCUGAGUUUGAAAUUCAUUUUGGUUUUUCUAUAGUGUUCAUAUCACACACACACACAAACACAUAUUAUAUAUAUAUAUAUAUAUAUAAAAGAAUAAGAAUAAGAAUGGGAAUGUGUGUAAGAGUAUGGAGUGGGUGGUGGUGGAUUGUGGCUUUGCUGGUGGUGUUUGGAGGAGGAUAUUUGGUGAAUGGUGAAUUAAAUUACAAAGAAGCACUCACCAAAUCUAUUAUAUUUCUGGAGGCACAGAGAUCUGGAAAGCUCCCUGCCAAACAUAGGCCUCUUUGGAGAGGAGAUUCUGCUCUUCAAGAUGGAAAACUUGCUAAUGUGGACCUUGUUGGGGGAUACUACGAUGCCGGAGACAACGUGAAGUAUGGUCUACCAAUGGCAUUCACAGUAACAACCUUGUCUUGGGCUGCCAUCUUCUAUCAUCCGCAGUUGAAAGCAUUUGGAGAGCUCAGUAAUGUCCAUUCCGCUAUCCGCUGGGGCACUGAUUAUUUUCUCAAAGCCAGUUCUAAACUUAACCACUUGUAUGUCCAGGUAGGAAAUCCGGUAGCAGACCAUGAAUGUUGGAUGAAACCGGAAAACAUGGAAGAAGGGGGAAGAAGUGUACUAGAGAUAGAUGAGAAGAAACCUGGAACAGAGAUUGCAGCUGAAACAAGUGCAGCUAUGGCUGCUUCUUCUAUUGUCUUUAGAAACUUCAAUAAAACCUACGCUACUCACCUCCUUAACAAAGCCAAACUGCUUUUUGAAUUUGCCAAAACACAUAAAGGAACUUUUGAUGGAGAAUGCCCCUUCUAUUGUUCUUACUCUGGAUAUAAUGACGAGCUACUGUGGGCAGCAACAUGGCUAUACUUUGCAACCAGGGAGUCAGCCUAUUUAGACUACAUAGAGGACAACUCUAUCAGCGCUAAGGUUGCUGAGUUUAGCUGGGACCUUAAAUAUGCCGGUGCUCAAGUUCUGCUUUCUCAAGUAUGUCACAUUAUUAUUAUUCUUCUUCUCUCUCUCUCUCUCUCUCUCAAAUUAAUUGAAAUUGAUGAAAUUCAUCAGUUGUAUUGGGAAGGGCAGACGAGUUUCGAGACCUUUAAGCAGCAGGCUGACAGUUACAUAUGCUCUGUGCUUCCUUAUAGUCCCUACCACCAGGUUUACAUCUCUCCAGGUGGCUUGGUUCACCUAAGAGAUGGGGCCAACUCACAAUACGUAACAAGCACAGCUUUCCUGUUUAGUGUGUACAGUGAUCUGUUGGCUAAACACAACCAACAGGUCACCUGCGGCAACCAACAGUACAAUUCCAAUCACCUCAUAGCUUUCGCUAAGCAACAGAUGGAUUAUCUACUGGGGGAAAACCCAGAAAAAAGAUCAUACAUGGUUGGGUUCGGAAACAACCCACCGACACAAGCCCACCACAGAGGUGCUUCUGUCCCAAACUUGUCCAAGGAUGCACUGGCUAAAGUCAGUUGCCCUAUGAGCUUUGUUAACUGGUUCAACAAAAAUGUUCCCAACACGAAUGAACUUACAGGCGCCAUCGUAGGCGGUCCUGAUCGCUAUGAUAAAUUUAAAGACCUACGUUCUGAGUCAGCCAUGACUGAGCCAACAACAUACACUAAUUCACUCGCUGUUGGUGUUCUUGCAAAGCUUGCCGCCACCACCCACUCCGCAAACAUCUGACUCUAUCCAUGUAUGUAUGUAUACGAAUAGAAUGAAUAAUAUAGAGGCAUGAAAUGAAUAAUCAGCUGCAAGUAUGUAGAGAAAAGCCAAAAUUUGCCUCUCUCAUGCAGCUACCUACCUACUAAACUACCUCUACUUAACCUUUGCAGUUAUAUAUGUAGUAAUAAGAUCCUAUUGAAUAUUUAUAGUAAGAUCGAUCUAAUAUAUAUAGUAUGGUUGAUGAUGGAGAGCUUCUACUUGUAUUUAAUUUGUCAUUUAUGUUCUAAUUGUAUAGUAAUAUUUAUUGGUAUUUUAUUGAAAUAUUAGAAUAACGGUAAUGUUGAAAAGCAAAUAAUAAUAAUAAAAGAGCAUUCCAAUUCAAGCUUUUACC